UCCAUCACAUUCGCCUCUUCGUCUUCUCCGUUGCCCGAAAGCCACUUCGUGUGGCUGUAAGGGCCCUCGUUUCGUAUUGCUUAUUCAGUGAGUUCAAUUACUUGUUUUGUCGAAUUAUACUUUCAUUUCUGUAGAUGACUUUUCAUGCUAAUCAAUUUUUCACAUUCUGUGAUUCUUACUAAACUUAUUUGUUUAUUCUUGAAAGAUUUUCUGGGUUUUAACUAUUUCUGAGCGUGUUCCAUUAAUUCUGGGGUUUCAGAUUUCAGGGGGGACGGAAUUAAAUCUCAUCUUUUGGCGGUCGACAAUAGUGCAGCUGAGAUCUAACAGGAUGCUUCAUAGAUAUUAGGUCACAUGUAUGGGAUUUGUCGAUAUUGUGUGUGAUAUCAUCAGGCCUCUACUAUAGUAAAGCAAACCUCUAUCAAUCAUGAAUCAACAAGACGCUGUGCAAGACAAUCCCAACACGCGUUCAAAGAAAGCAAUCCCACCUUAUAUGAAAGCAGUUUCUGGCUCGCUAGGAGGUGUUAUGGAGGCCUGUUGCUUGCAACCUAUUGAUGUCAUUAAGACCAGAUUGCAACUUGAUAGGUCUGGAAACUACAGGGGAAUAGUUCAUUGUGGUACCACAGUUGCACGCACAGAAGGGGUGCGAGCUUUAUGGAAGGGAUUGACACCUUUUGCUACACAUUUGACCUUGAAGUACGCACUGCGAAUGGGUUCGAAUGCAUUAUUUCAAACAGCAUUUAAGGACUCCAAGACUGGGAAAAUCAGCAGUCAGGGGCGGCUUCUUUCUGGGUUUGGUGCUGGGGUCCUUGAGGCUCUUGCUAUUGUUACUCCAUUUGAGGUGGUGAAAAUCAGAUUGCAGCAACAGAGAGGUCUAAGUCCUGAUCUUUUGAAGUACAAGGGUCCUGUACAUUGUGCUCGAAUGAUUAUAAAGGAAGAAGGCUUUUUUGGACUUUGGGCUGGGGCUGCUCCAACUGUAAUGCGUAAUGGGACAAAUCAAGCUGCCAUGUUUACUGCCAAAUAUACCUUUGACAUCCUUUUAUGGAAGAAACAUGAAGGAGACGGGAAAGUCCUUCAACCAUGGCAAUCCAUGAUCUCUGGAUUUCUUGCAGGUACUGCAGGCCCUAUCUGCACCGGUCCUUUCGAUGUCGUGAAAACAAGGCUGAUGGCUCAGAGCCGAGCGGGAGGCGAAGUGAAGUACAAGGGUAUGAUCCAUGCCAUUAGAACAAUUUAUGCAGAGGAAGGUCUUCGUGCCUUGUGGAAAGGUCUGCUGCCUAGGCUCAUGAGAAUUCCACCUGGCCAGGCCAUUGUGUGGGCUGUGGCUGAUCAAAUAAUUGGUUUAUAUGAGAGGAGAUAUCUACAUUGUGCUCCGUUGUAGGUACUUCUCACAUUGUCUUGUUGCUGGAUCUGCAUUGUGAAUUUUGUUGUAGUCACGUGCGGAUGAUGGUGUUAGCUUCUGAUCCAAGAUUUAUUUCUUUAAUCCUCGUGAAUUCGAUGAGUGAGUCACUUAGGUAUGUACUAGAACUCGGUGCCUUAGGAAAUAAUUUCUGGCUAGGAAAAGCAUUCUUAGAUGUUAGAAUUAGCAGGAUUGUAGCAAACUGAACAUCUGUCAAAACGCUGAUUCUGUUUGUGCUUUGCAAAAUAUAUUCCUUCCUGUCAA